AGGUUUGUCCUGGGUGUGGACUUAAAAAGAGGGCAGGGUAAAAGUGAGUGGAUUUGGUAGAUCGUAUGUUUGUACAUUUGGACAGAGUCUGAAAUUAGUGUCUUUGAGAGCAGGAGGAAUUAGACUUGAAGAGACAGACGCACACCUAACACACAGUCAUCAUGCUGGUCCUCCUCGCCGCCAUCUUCGUUCUUCACAUCAUAUGCAUCAUCCUUCUCCUGACAGCCACCAUUGACAAUGGCUGGUGGAUUGGGGGGUCACUCGUGCAGACUGAUAUCUGGGCCCGCUGGAUUGUUGUAAAUAACACAUGGCACUCCACUGAUCUUCCAUCAACCUACCCAGAGAGUUACCUUCAAGCAGUGCAGGCCAGCUCAGUGCUAGCUUGUAUAUUCUCCAUCAUUGGAAUCUUUGUGUUUGUGGCUCAGCUCUUCACCCUCGCCAAGGGACAGAGGUUCACCAUCUCUGGUGCCUUUCAGUUCCUUGCCUGCCUGUGCAUCAUGAUCGCAGCCUCCAUCUACACAGACCGCUUCCACAUCAAUGAACAAAAUCUGGGUAAUUAUGGCCAUUGCUUCAUCUUGGCAUGGAUCUCCUUCGCUCUCACAUUCAUCUCCUCCAUCAUUUACUUCGUGCUACGCAAGAAGACUGCAGAGUAGCUCUGGCCAGCCCCAAAAAUCUUCAACUGGAUCUGCUUUUUCAACCAAAAUCUGGCUUUAAUUGCAGAUGGGUCUGUGUUUACAUGUAUCUGUUUUGGACAUUGGAUUUGAGCUGCUAGUGUAUAUUCAGCAAUAGAUAUAGCAGAGCUGUUGAUCCCCCUCAAAUACACACUGGUGUUUAACUGAGUAUGCUUUCAGAUAAUCUGGGUUUCAGGCUUUGUGGAGUGCUAUGGUAAUUUCUGCAGACUCAGUCAAUCACAGUUGUAUUUGGGUGUAUUUCCAGCCCAGAGUGGGGCUGGAUUUAUUGAGGGCAUCUAAAAAUAAAGAAUUUUUUUUGUUUUGUUUUUAACUACAUAAAAAGGCCUUAAUGUUUAUGAGAUGCUAUCAUAAAUUAAGACCGAAAAACGUCCCUGCAUUAUAACAGAAAGCAGGUUGAAGAGUAAAAUCUGUGGUCUUUUUUUCUCUUGUAAUGUACAUUUACAUAUAGAUAGGAUUAUUAGAAUAAAAAGGGGUGAGCUUUAUUAUAUAGAUUGUUUUGAUGUUAGUUUUUAUUUUUUUAAUUUUACAUAUUUGCCUUUCUUUUACUUCAUAAACUGUGCCAUUAAACAAACAGUGUGACUAAAACCUCAUGCCAUCAACCACAAGCAAACCUGGGCCUGCUUGAAGCCUUAAAGCGCUUUAAAAUAUCUGUUUACGUCACAUACUGCAGAUUUCUGAUAAAUAUAAUGAGACUAUACAAAGAUAUAAAGUAGAAAGGCAAUAGUGUAAUGUAGUUGAGGUUGUGUUGUAAUUAUUUGUGAUUGAAGACACCAAAUCAAGCUAAAUCAUACAGAUACCUAACAGUUUAAUGGCUGUCAGCCGGCCCAGAAAUAAUUACAUUUUAAUGGUAAAAUAUUAGAGGUUAUAGAUUUCAGUUACAUUCUCAUAGGGUGUAUGAACGUUGCCAUUUUACUUAACUCAAAGAAUCAAAUGUCUUUUGUGGUCGUGAAUGUAAUCACAUUCUUUUCUAAUCACAGAUGAACCGUUUCCACACUGUGUGACAGAACGGCAACUAGCUUGACUCUUGAUGUAUGAGAUGUAAUGUGUAAAUAUGAUUUGUUUCCCAUAAUGCCCUGUGUGCUUUUGUUUAUUUUUGCUACCUUUAUAUGUCAUGAUGAAUGAAGAUGACUUUUACAAUAUUAAAACGUGAUUUUCAAUCAGUUA